CGAAAAGCCUCAUCGACUAAUUAAAUGUGGCGCCUAAUUACAAAGUUCCCGACCCAAACAUGUCUUCUGCUGAAGGUGGACCCGCUUCUACCUCGUUGAAGUAUUUCGAUAUUGAUGAUAUUUUAGCAUCUCAGGAAUAUAUUCCGAGCAAAAUAGAAAUGACACUUUACCGAUUAGGUAACUUUAUAAAUUUUUAUUUUCUUUGUUUAUAUUUGCCUUAUCGAAUAGGUUAUAGAGAGGUGAUGAAGGCUGAUGCCAGCGUUGUGAACCUGCACAAACUUGGACCUUAUUUCUAUGACCUUGGCUGCAAGUUACGAUAUUUCCCUUUCACAGAAAUAGACGACGUUGCUAAAUCUUUGCUCGAUACAUUUCAAGUAAGAUUCCGAAAAAUUUUGGAUGCAUCGCAGAGUUCCUUAAAUGAAGACUCAUCCAGUUUGACCUCAACUUUGGACAGCACGGAAAAAUUCCUCUUUCACACAGGUCUGAAAUCUUUAAAUGAUUUCCAAAGCUGGGAGACACGACGGGCAGAGAAACUAACCUCUUCAGAAAUGGUACGAAUUUACAGGAAGAGGAAGCGUGAAAAUGAUUGAUAGUGGCGAGAGUAGCAACAACAACAACAGUGACACUUUUAACAGCAACAACAGCAAAAGCAGCAGCAGCAGCAGCAGUAGCAGUAACUACAACCAGUCAGUAACAAAAAUGACAAUGAUAAAAAAAAUAACAAAAAUACAAGAAAUAUAUGCAUGGAUGUCUGUAUGUAUCUAUGUUUAUAUAUAUAUAUAUAUGUAUGUAUUUAUGUGCGUGUGUAUGUGUCUGUGUAUAUAUAAAUAUCAUCAUCAUCAUCAUCAUCAUUGUUUUAACAUCCACUUUUCCAUGCUUGCAUGACCUGGAUGGAAUUGGUUGAGGCAGAUUUUCAUCAGCCAGAUGCCCUUUCUUGGCACCGAUACUCUUUUGUUUCUAAAUAAGGUAAUAUUCCCUACUCUUUCCAUCUGUGGCUGGACGUGUCUUCACGUAACAUUGGAAAUUAAGGACACCACUUGUAUAACAAUGACACUCAUUUACAACCACCACAUGAUGUCAAGACAAGAACACAUAAAGACCCUUAAACACACACACACACUUAGAUACUUAGAUAAGUUUUGGCCAGAAUUGACCCAGGCCAUGGCUAAAUUAAUAGCACCACCUGGAGAAGCCAUGGAAUGAUCUUUCAUUGCACAGUAAUUCUUUGGGCAUAUAAACAGCAGGCUUCUUUCAGUUUCCAUUUGCCAAAUCCACUCAUAAGGCUUUGACUGGCACAGGGUUAUAGUGAGUCUAUGCAUGCAUAUGUGUGUAUGUGAGUAUAUGUUUUGUCUACAUCUGUGAGAUUGUUUGUAUGAAAGUGCAGAAGGCGGUGUUGUUAGUCUCACCUGUCAAUGAAUUGUUUCGGCCACUUUGAGUCUGUGUGAAGAGGAGUCUUUGAAAUGUUUUUGCAGCAGCUGGCAACAACAUGUUUUUCUUUUAAAUGAAAUGUUUUGAUUUCUUUUAUGUCAAUUUUAAUACAAUGGAAUAAAAUACUGAAAUAAUUACAUCAA